CAGAUCCUAGGUGCUGCCAGUGAGCCCAGGAGACCUGCAAGGCCUGUCCUGCAGUCUCUCUCGUGACAGGAGGGAUAUGCCUGGUGCAGACAGGGACAACAGCAGAGAGGAGGAUCCCCAUCCUUGGGAAUGUGGGGAAUGCAUGUUCUCCACUGCUCUUUGCUCUCCAAAGUCUUACCUGUUAAUGAGUGAGCCUUGAGCAGCAAGGGCUUGACCAGGUCACUGACACAGCCACCUCUGCCCUGUGCCAAAAACAUGAGCAUCCUGUGCCUGUGUGCCCUUGGGAUCCUUUCCAGCCAAGUAGGCAGCUCUUGUCCCUUGCAUCCUUGUCCAGUGGCAGGAUUCAGUACUCUCCUAGGAGAAUGGGGGGUAUAAUAAACCCCCAUUGGAGACCAGGCUGGAGCACGAGGGCAGCAGAUGUUGUGCUGGGAAGAAACAAGCAUGAGCAGGGCAUACUGAAACUGAAGGAUGCCGCUUGUGGGAAUAGUGUAAGCAUAUGGAGGAAGAGGUGUCAAGGCUGUGGCCUACCUAGUCCUUGCCCACAGAGGCAGUGAUGGGACCUGGGCUUUGGGAUAGUUUGUGCAAUAAUAGUCUGAGGAUCUGCUUGUGGCUGCCUGUCACCUGGCCCUUGUGGUGACAAACCAGGGUGACACUUGCAUUCCUGGCCAUAAGGGCAGGUUACUCACCAACUCAAGUUAAUGACUAACCCUGGGGCAGCUCAUGCAGAAGGUGGAAGUUCAGCAUGUGAGGAUAUGCAAGGAGCUCUUCGGGGUGGGAGCCUGCCCGCUGUGAGCAGUGUGGAGAAGGCAGCAGUAUGAAUGGGGGCCAUGGCAGAGCACCUGGAGCUGGGAGCCCCAUGCUCACAUCCUGCUCAUCCCAGAAGAUAUGCUCCUGGCUACUGAGCUGCUGCUUAGCCCUUCAGCAUCUGGCUGUGCAGACCUCCUUGCUCUGCAUCUUCCACCUCCUCCUGCUGCCCACUCUGCCCCAGGAGCCACCUCGUGCCCAGAACACCAACAAGCUGCUGGCACGAAGCCUCUUUGCCUGCGGCAUCUCCACAGUGCUGCAGACCACCCUGGGGAGCCGAAAAACUCCUAUGCUUUCCCUCUAGCUCUUCACUGCCUUGCUCCAACAUCAGGCACAGCUCCUUCAGACCAUCUUCUACCUGUGCUGUCCACACAGGCUGGGAUGCCCCUGGUUCAAAUCCCAUCCUUUGAGUACUUGGUCCCUGCCAUGGUGUUGAGCUCCCACCUGUCCCCCAGUGCCAGCACAGACAGGAAUGGCACAGCCAUGGCCAGUACAUGCCUUGUACCUCACUGCAGAGACACAAGGAGCUGGGCUGAAUCAUUGCAAGAGGUCUCUGGAGCAGUGCUGGUCUCUGGGCUGAUUCAGUUGGUGCUGGGAGUAUCUGGCGUGUGUGGGUGGGCAGCGCAGCACUGUGGGCCCAUGGUCCUGGCCCCCACCCUCUCCAUCAUUGGGCUGUCCUCAUACAAGGAAGCUGCCUUCUUCUGCUCCACUAACUGGGGUGUAGCACUGCUGCUCAUGUUCCUUGCCGUCACCUUCUCCCAGCACCUGCGUUCCUGCCGCCUGCCCUUCUGUGCCUGGCCCCAUGCUUGGGAGGGCUCCACAGAGAAUUCAGUUCCUACCCUGCGCACAUUCUCGGUACUGCUCCCAUUUGCUGGUGUCUGCAUUGUCUGUGCCAUCCUCAGCUACUUCCACAUUCCCUGGGAAUCACUGGAUGUGACCAUGGCACGGCUGUCCUGGGCCAACAGCACCUUCACUGCUCCUUGGAUCCGCAUCCCCUAUGCAGGAGAGUGGAGGUGGCCGCUACUCACCCCCCGGGCGCUGGCAGUGGGCAUCGCCAUGGCCAUCGGCUGCAGCAUGAACUCUGUGGGCUGCUACGUGCUGUGUGGGAGGCUGCUGCGAGCCCCUCGGCUACCCCCUCACGCCUGUAACCGGGGGCUUUGCAUGGAAGGGUUGGGCAGCCUCCUGGCAGGACUGCUGGGCAGCCCUGGGGGCACAGCCUCCAGCAUUGCAAACACCUGUGCCACUGGCCUCACACAGGCUGGCUCUCGCCUCUCGGUGCAAGUAAGUGCCCUGGUGUGCAUGGUGCUGGGCAUGUCCCCGAGGCUGGCAGGGCUCCUCACCCAAAUCCCACUGGCAGUUCACGGAGGGGUGCUUUGUGUAACCUACGCCGUGGCUGUGGGCACGGGGAUCUCCUACUUCCAGUACACAGACAUUGACUCAGGGAGGAACAUCUUCAUUGUUGGCUUUGCCAUGUUCAUGGCACUGUUGGUACCGCGGUGGUUCGGCAUGGCUCUGGCUCCCCUGGCCACAGGCUGGGUGCCACUGGACCUCCUCUUCCUCUCUCUGCUUAUGGUCCCUGUCUUCUUAACUGGCUUUUUGUCAUUUUUUCUGGAGAACACGGUCUCAGGAACACUGGAGGAACGAGGGCUGCUUUCUGAGCAGCCAUGGAAAGGCAGAGCUGGCGACUGUCACCUCCAUGGAGAGAAAGGGGAAGCCAGCCAAGCAUAUAUGCUCCCCACUAGGCUGAGGAGGCUGCUGCCAUCUUCCUGCAAAGCCUUUCCAUGCUGCUUCCUCUGCCCGAGGAGUGAGGAAGAGGAGGAGGGCAGCUGUGCCACUGAGGAGGGGACUGCUGACCCAGGGGAAGGGACACACCUGCUCCCCAAACCCAGCUCUGGGGAGCUGCAGCCAGCAAUAAGGCCAAGCCAGACAGACAUGCCUGCAUGGCACACUGUGGCCUGACCCUGUCAUCUUGGGGAUGCCUCAUGCAAAAACAGGGCUGUGCCCGCAAGGCAGCUUGUGAGCCAUUUCGUUCCUCAUUUCUGAAGCCCUUGAGGACUGGAGGAACCUGAGCUUCCACCCUCCUAACACAAACCUAACUUCCCUGCUUGAGAGCGAGUUAUAAAA